CUGGAGACUUCUGGCACAAGCUCCAACAAAUGACCCAAGGAUUGCUUUGAGCUAUCAACAAUGGCAGAUGCAGGUGCUUAGAAUCAAAAUCAACGAAUACUGCCACCGCUGAAGCUACCCCGACAGCCGAAAGGCUGCAAUCGCGCGAUCCAAGAUGUUACCACCGCAACUCGCCUCCCUCCUGCUCCUCGCGCUUCCCACAGCCGUCCACGCAAUCUUUCAAGAUGAAGUCGGCCAUCUAGACUACCACCACGAGCUCCUCGGCGUUCCGCAGCGCGACACCACCUUCUUCCACCGGCCAAGGCGCGAUGACAAAGCGAGCCUUCUCUACACCCUCAGCGACGUCGGUGUCCUGGGAGCCAUCAAUCCCAGCAAUGGCGCCGUCAUGUGGCGCCAGUUUCUCAACGACAAUAUAACCGACGGAGGGGGUUUUGUGCGGUCCAGCGACGGCGAGAACUGGAUAUGUAGCGCUCUCGGACACUCUGUCCAUGCGUGGGACGCCAUCAGCGGGAGGAACAGAUUCUGGAUGGACUUUGCGGGAGAGGUCAAGGACCUGGAAAUCAUGGAAAUGACCGAGAAGGAAAGGAAGGACGUGCUUGCGCUAUAUGAUGAUGGCGGAGCCACUGUGUUGCGGCGCUUGAACGGGAAGGAUGGGAACGUCGUUUGGGAGUUCAAGGAGACCAGCAAGAACGUUCCUCUGCAGGUCAGCACCAACCUCGAGAAGGUCUUCGUGGUGAGCCUCCAUGGAUCCCCGGGAGCUUACAACCUGAGGGUUUCGGUUCUCGACACGGCGACGGGUAGACGGGUCGACGAUAUCAUCGUCGGUGCCAAGGGCGAUGUCCACAGCGAGGCAGGCGUCAUGUUUGUUGGAGGUAAUUCGGCCGCACCCAUUGUUGCCUGGACUGACGAAUCUCGGUCGAAGCUACGGAUCAACGUGCUGGGGACGAAGACUAGGCAAGAGUUCCCCCUUGAGGAUGACACCGUCGGUGUGGAGUUCCACGCGCCACACCUUCCCCAAUCCUUGCCUCAUUUCCUGGUUCACAGCCAAACCAAAACCGGGAAUCGAGCAAGUGUCUAUCAUAUCGACCUGAAGAGCAACGCCAUCACCAAGGCCUACGAGUUGCCUCAUCUCCCUGGGCAUGGCGCAUUCUCCACCAGCUCAAGUGGCGCCAACGUCUUCUUCACGCGUAUUACCGAGGAUGAGGUUCUGCUCACAGCUUCAACGUCCCAUGGCAUCCUAGGUCGUUGGCCCCUCAGUUCUGGCGCUCGUGAGGGCAGUGCCGUCCACGGCACCUCGGAAGUCGUCAAGAAAUCGGACGACACAUACGCCAUCCGAUCUGCCGCAGUAACAGACGCCGAUGAGUGGCUCAUGGUCCGGAACGGCGAGCUCGCCUGGACACGUCCCGAAGGCAUGGCUGGGGGGGUCGCUGCUGCAUUUGCCGAGAUUCCCGAAAGCGAAGACCUGGCAAAGACCCUAGAGCAGGAAGCUCACAGCAACCCUCUCUCGGCCUAUAUCCAUCGGGUUGGCCGGCACGUCAACGAUCUUCAACAUCUCCCAGAAUACCUCAGGGCUGUCCCCCAGCGACUCUUGAGCAGCAUCCUCGGGACCGAGAUCACCGCGAAGGCCGAUAAACCCUUCCGGGAUAAUUUCGGCUUCCACAAGCUAGUCAUCCUCGCAACGCGCCGGGGAAGGCUUUAUGGCUUAGAUACCGGAGCCAACGGGAGAGUUCUGUGGUCCAUCAAACCCUUUGACAUUCCUGCGGGAGAGAAAUGGGAUGUGAAAGGGAUCCACGUCGAAGAUCAAAAGGGCCAGGCAACGGUAUGGGGCGCGAAUGGCGAAUACGUCGUGGUCAAGGCGGAUACUGGAGAUGUCAUCGAGACGAUGCCGCGGGGUUCCCGGCCAAUUGUCCAGAGCACGGCUCUGGUAGACAGCCCAUCUGGGCCGUGGCUCCUCCCUAUCGGCCUGGGUGGGGAAGUUGGCGAUAUCCUGGCUUCUCAGACCCCGAAGGAGACUCUUGUUGUUCGAGGCGUCAACGGCGAGCUCAAGGGGUUGACCUUUGUCACAAAGGGAUCCCAAUCCUCCGAAGUGACCUCUUGGGUUUUCUCGCCGCCAAAGAGCCAGAAGAUUAUUAACAUUGCCACGAGACCCUCGCACGACCCCAUUGCUUCCAUCGGGCGUGUCCUUGGCGACCGCCAGGUGAAGUACAAGUACCUCAACCCCAAUACCGUGGUAGUUGCUGCGGCGGAUGAUUCCGCUUCGACCCUUACAGUCUAUCUCUUGGAUACCGUGUCCGGCGAAAUCCUAUCCUUGGCAACACACGAGGGAGUCGACACCGGAAAGCCUGCCGAGUGCGCGAUAGCGGAAAACUGGUUCCUGUGUUCCUUCUUUGGGAAGUACGCCAUCAAGGACAGCCCGGAACAGUCCCUGAUGGGAUACCAGCUUGUCAUCUCCGACCUGUACGAGAGCGACGAGCCGAACGACCGCGGCCCGUUGGGCGACUCGGCCAACUUCUCGUCCACCGACCCCGUCGACGUCCCGACAGGGCCCGUGCUGCCAUCCGUGGUCAGCCAGUCGUUUGUCCUCGCGGCGCCCAUCUCGGCGCUGCAGGUCACCCAGACGAGACAGGGCAUCAGCACCAGGCAGGUGCUGGCCUACCUCCCGGGAACCCACGGCAUCAUCGGCCUGCCCCGGUCCCUCAUCGAGCCACGCCGACCGGUCGGGCGGGAUCCCACGGCGGCCGAGGUGGAGGAGGGACUCUUCAAGUACGCGCCCGUCAUCGAGAUCGACCCCAAGAUGGUCAUCACGCAUGAGUGGGAUGUGCUUGGGGUGCAGAAGAUCAUCACGUCCCCCGCCAUCGUGGAGAGCACGAGCCUCGUGUUCGCCUUUGGCGUGGACGUGUUCGGGACCAGGGUGGCCCCCAGCUUCCUGUUCGACAUCCUCGGCAAGGGUUUCAACAAGGUGUCUCUGAUAGCGACGGUGCUGGCUUUGACCAUCGGCGUCGUGGCCCUCGGCCCCAUAGUUCGGAAAAAACAGAUCAACGGGCUAUGGCAAGCUCCAAUGUAAACUAUAAUAGAAGUUUGUGUGCACCAGGAAAUGCAGUUUGGGUCAGGCGGAGGCAUGCUAGUGUAAUUCAUACGAGGGUUUUCCAAGAUGCAGCCAUGUUGUCCUUCCUCCGUCUGGGAUGCUGUCGUUGCGAUGGCCAAUAGACCGUCUCUGUUUACGUUGCUUGGAGGUUCAACGUUCCACCUCCAUUAUAGAUAGGGUUCUGAUUGCCACGUCUACGAUGUUUCAUCCAUUUGUGAUCUAUCACUACUUCAUCUUCAUGGGCUCUCUCUGCUUCAACACCAUUUUGAGUGGGCUGCUAUGGGCAUCAUCACCCCAGACUGCCUCCCCGUCAAUAUGCGAGA